UCUCUUGUUCUCAUUUAUUUAUUAUUUUGUGUCUGAUGAUUCUCUCUCUGCGCGUCUUGUUCGCUGCGGUGCUCAAUCAUCUGUCUGUGCUUGGAGCAAUUCCAAAGUCAUAGGGAAGAGCCUCCUUCUCUUUAAUCCGACGGCAACACAAACCCAAGGAAGUUGAUCACUUGUUAGGCUUUCUAUCUAUUAUUUCCAAGAGGGAGGGCUGCCUGGCUGGUAAAAUUGAUGGAGGGUUCGAUCAGGUGCUCUGCCAACUACAUCCCUCUUUCUCCGAUCAGCUUCUUGGAGCGCUCCGCCAUAGUCUACAGAGACAGGCCAUCUGUUGUGUAUGGAAACAUCGUCUACACUUGGAGACAGACACUUGAACGAUGCACCAGACUCGCUUCUGCUCUUGCCCAGCUCGGAGUUUCUUACGGAGAUGUGGUUGCUGCAUUGGCUCCAAAUAUUCCCGCAAUGUAUGAGCUCCAUUUUGGUGUUCCAAUGGCAGGGGCAGUUCUCUGUACACUUAAUAUACGCCAUGAUUCAGCAAUGGUGUCAGUGUUACUAAAACAUUCAGAUGCCAAAAUCAUUUUUGUAGACUACCAAUUGCUUGAUGUUGCUAAAGGAGCAAUUGAUAUUCUAUCCAAGACUAGGACCAAGCUGCCCGUUUUAGUCUUAAUCCCAGAGAGUGAUCAAUCAUCCCCUGACUUCUGUAAUCCCACUUCCGGGAACUUGGAUUAUGAGAGCCUGUUAGGACGUGGAAAUUUUGAUUUUGAGAUCCGACGACCAAAAGAUGAAUGGGAUGCAAUUUCACUCAACUACACUUCAGGCACUACAUCGAGCCCAAAAGGCGUCAUUUAUAGUCACAGAGGUGCCUAUCUUAAUUCUUUCGCAGCAGCUCUACUUAAUGAGAUGAGCUCAUUGCCUGUAUAUUUAUGGUGUGUUCCCAUGUUUCAUUGCAACGGGUGGUGCCUCACUUGGGCUGUGGCUGCUCAGGGUGGCACUAAUAUCUGCCAAAGGAAUGUCACUGCAAAGGGCAUUUUUAGCCAUAUUUCUGAGCACAAGGUAACCCACAUGGGUGGUGCACCAACAAUUUUAAACAUGAUUGUAAAUGCUCCGGUACAUGAGCGGAGGCCACUUCCGGGUAAGGUAAUAGUCAUGACUGGGGGUGCACCGCCACCAGCCCACGUACUCUUCAAGAUGGAAGAGCUAGGGUUCAGUGUAACCCAUUCAUAUGGUUUGACAGAAACUUAUGGACCUGGUACAGUUUGUGCUUGGAAACCUGAAUGGGACUCCCUGCCUCGAGAUGAACAGGCAAAGAUCAAGUCCCGGCAGGGAUUGCAACAUCUUGGCAUGGAGGAGGUUGACGUUAAAGAUCCCGUCACCAUGAAAACUGUACCAUCUGAUGCAAAAACCAUGGGGGAGGUUAUGUUCAGAGGUAACACUGUAAUGAAUGGAUAUUUGAAAGAUCAUCAAGCAACGACAGAUGCAUUUAAAGGGGGAUGGUUUCGUAGUGGUGACUUGGGUGUGAAACACCCGGAUGGUUACGUAGAGCUAAAGGAUCGUUUAAAGGACAUUAUCAUUUCUGGGGGUGAAAAUAUUAGCACAAUUGAGGUUGAAUCAGUGCUCUUCAGCCACCCAGAUAUUCUCGAGGCAGCAAUUGUGGGAAGGCCUGAUGAUUAUUGGGGGGAGACGCCCUGCGCGUUUGUGAAGUUGAAGGAUGGCUGUAAUACUGACAAGGAGGAGAUUAUUAAGUUUUGUAGGAAUCGGUUGCCCCACUAUAUGGCUCCUCGGACUGUUGUUUUCUCAGAUCUGCCAAAGACUUCGACUGGGAAGGUGCAGAAGUAUGUACUGAGAGAGAGGGCAAAGUCCAUGGGAAGUCUCUCCAAGAACAGCAUCAGCAAACUGUAAAAAAAUCCCUUAUUGCUCCUUUGAGUUCUGCAUUGUAUUAUUGUCAAUUUCCCUUUGUUUUUGCUUCUCUAUCGACACUUACAUCCUGUGAGUACCCCUUUAUUUCUCUCUUUGCAUUUAAGUAUCAUAUCGUCACUAAAAGUGUAAGACUUUGUCAACCAAGAAUCGGGAAGAUCCUACUUCCUACCAUUAUUACAUGGGAAGUGCUUGCUAGA